AUGACUUGGCCAGUGAUUGAGACCGUUGGGCUUGCAGUCACUGUAUUGAUUCUGUUGUAUUAUUAUUCGAAAUCGAAAUUAGAGUAUUGGCGAAAGCGAGGCGUUAAUGGACCAAAGCCGUUACCUUUUCUUGGAAAUUACAAGGAUGUAUUUCUGGGGAAAGCCUCUGUAAGCGACUCUUUCGAAGACGCGUACAAUAAUUUCAGAGAUGAACAGGUGGUAGGAAUAUAUGUUGGACAUACUCCACUGUUGGUACUCAGAGAUCCGGAUAUCAUAAAGACUGUCCUCAUCAAAGAUUUCUCCGUAUUUGCUGACAGGACGAUAAGGACUGUGCGAACGGUGGAGCCACUAUCGGAGCAUCUCUUCAGGUUGGAAUCAGACAGAUGGAGGCCCUUAAGAGCCAAACUUUCGCCUGUCUUCACCUCUGGCAAGCUGAGGGAGAUGUUUCACUUGCUGGUAGAGUGCGCGGACCACUUUGGAAAGUACCUGGACAACUUAGUGAAGAAGGGCGAGUUCAUCGAGUGCCGUGACAUCGCUGCGAAGUACACCACCGACGUGAUCGGUUCUUGCGCCUUUGGUAUCGAGAUAAACUCAUUCGCCUCUGAAAACAGCGAGUUCCGCCAGAUGGGCAGGAAGGUCUUCCAAACGAAUAUAAAGUCGAUGUUCAGGGACAGAUUGAGGGAUUUCCCGUGGUUGUUUAAGGUCCUUGGACCAUUGACUAUCGAGCGAGAUAUCGUCGAGUUCUUCAAGAGGAUCACCACAGAGACUAUAGACUACAGGAUGAAGAACAACGUCCGUAGAUACGAUUUUAUAGACACUCUGGUGGACCUGAAGCAACAUCCGGAGAAACUUGGAGAGAAAGAGGUAGACGAUCUGUUUUUAACGUCGCAAGCCUUCGUUUUCUUUAUUGCUGGAUUUGAAACAUCUUCGCUCACGAUUAGUCAUGUAAUAAUCGAGCUUGCAAAGAAGCCAUGGAUUCAGGAGAAAGCUCGAGCAGAGAUUCUGGAAGUUUUGGCAAAAACCAAUGGUGUGAUCACGUAUGACUGCAUAAAGGAAAUGAAAUAUUUGGACGCAUGUUUCCAAGAAACAUUGAGAAAGUAUCCAGUGUUACUGUGGUUGUCGAGGACAGCUUUACAGGAUUACACGUUCCCAGGAACAAAAAUUAGCAUAGAGAAGGGCCAACAGGUGUUCUUACCUGUCCGCGCGAUUCAAAGGGAUCCGGAAAUUUAUCCAGAUCCAGAUGACUUUGAUCCUGAGAGAUUCAGCGAUGAGCAAGUUAAGACCAGACAUCCUAUGUUAUUUUUGCCAUUUGGGGAUGGACCAAGAAAUUGCAUAGGUGCAAGAUUUGCAAAAUAUCAAUCAAAGGUGGCACUCAUCACUGUCUUAUCGAAAUUCAAAUUGGAGGUGUGCGAGAAAACCUUUAAAGAAUACAAAAUAGACAAGAAGUCUUUGUUCAUCCUGCAACCAACACACGGGUUAUACGUGAAGAUGAGUAGGCUCGUGGCAUAA